GCAAAUGACAAUCUGCGAUCACAGCCAUUGAUAGACCCAUCGCAGCUGCUCUCAGAGCAAUAAACGCGAAAAACGCGCCAGCACAGUGAAUUUUACAAAUCUUCGAAGGCUGUCUUGAAACGAUUUGGAUUGGAUCUGUGCGUACGUCUCUGAACUAUGCCCCUACGUGUGUUUGAUCUGUGUUUCAGAUUUUGAUAGCUGUAGUUCUAGGGUUAGGGUUUCAUGGAGCUCUGUACAUUGGACCAUUUGAGAUUCGCAAUUGCGUAAAUGCGUAGGUGAAGAAUCUGGGAUAUGUUGUGGUUUUGAUAGUGAAAAGACUAGUGACUUGGAGAAUUAAUCUUUGAGUUGGAAAAGAGAGAAUUGAUUGGGAAAAUGGAGGAGGAGAAGAAGAAGAAGAGAAACAAGAAAAAGAAGAACAAGCAGAGCAAAGCUGGAGAAGAUGUCGCGGUUGAUGCUGGAGAAACGGCUUCUUUGGAUCAGAAUCAUGUAAGCAAUGGGCAGGAUGAUCAUGGUCAAGUUUGUUCUGAGACUGCAGAUGCUCGUAAUGAUGUGCAAAAUAUGAAUGUGGGUCUCAAUGGACAUCAGCCCAAUUGCUCAGAAGGCUCCAUUUUAGUGGAAGAUGAGAGACAACAGUGGCUCCACAGAGAGGCUACUUUAGAAGAGACAAUUAGACAAUUACGAAAUGAAAAUGCUUUGCAUGUAAAGAAACAGGUUUCCUUGGAAGAGACAGUCGAAGUAAUACAAAAUGAAAACGCUUUGCAUAUAAAAAAAGAGGCUACCUUAGAAGAGACAAUCAAACAAUUACAAAAUGAAAAUAAUUCAUGCAUACAGAAAGAGGUUGGUCUAGAGAUGAUGAUUGCACAACUAAAGAGUGAAAAAGACUCUUUGAUUGAAAAUGAGGCUGGCUUGGAGGAGAAAAUCAGUCAAUUACUAGAUGAAAAGGGAAAUUUGGUUUUGAAAGGGGCAAGCUUAGAGGAAAAAGUCAAACGCUUAGAGGGAGAAAAAGAUAUUUGGAUUUCGAAGGAGAAUUCAACCAAAGAAACAAUUGCGAGUCUGAAUGGCGAUGUUGCUAAACUACAUGCACAGGUGGUGGAGUUGGAAGAGUUCAGGAACAAUCUCUUACAAGAAAACCAACGACUAACCGAAAUCAUACCCGGUCUGCAGUCACAAAUCCAGAAUUUUGAGAGGAGUAUCUCUUCUACCAGCUCAUCAGAUGAACCCAAAAAGCUUGUAUCUGAGCAUGAGGACUUGAACUCUCAGAUCGAAGCAGCCCUUCAACUGGUUGAUAAAUUGAUCACAGAAAAUGCAAUGCUCAUUGAGAAGGUGAAUGAGUUGUAUGUUGAGCUUGAUCGACGGGCAACAGCUGGACUACCUUCAGCCACUCUGUCUGAUCAGAUGGUUGAAGCUGCUGAUACUGCUAGUGUUGCUGAUACCGUGUCCGAAUCCAAUGAGAAUUUGUCUGUAACAGGCAAGAAGUUGGAGUCGGUCGAAAUUGUUCCAGUCAAGGUUGAGAAUAUUGGUAGCGAUGAUGUGGAUGUUGAGCAUGCUGCUGCAAUUCCUAACUCUUUAGUAUCUGAUGAGCCUGGAGAAAUUGUGCAAAUUUCUUUGGAUGAGAAUGAAGUUCGCGAUCUUGAGUUGCAGGCUGCUAAUAAUGAUGAAAUAGCUGCUGUGUCGAUUUCAGAUGCUCCCCUGAUUGCUAAUAAUGAAGAGAAAGAUGCUGUGCCAAUUUCAGAUGCUCCCCUGAUUGGUGCUCCUUUUCGGUUAAUAUCGUUUGUUGCUAAAUAUGUCAGUGGUGCUGACUUGGUCAGCAAAAGCUCUAGUAAUUAGUUUUCUAUUUUAACAUGAGCGUAAGAUGUGAUUUUGUUGUUUUAUAGAAGGAAGAAACACACUUUCAUUUACUGAUAAAAGAUGAGCCGAAAUAUGGCAAUUUUUUA